CUCCCAGAACACCUGUGUUGAGUAUUAAUUCUACCCAAAUGUCAGACCAAUCCGUUGUUUUCCAUGUCGUUCUGCUACUACUCAUUGUGUCCUCUCUUCUUGUGGGCCACAACGGAGUCAAAGAAGGCGCGAGUGUAUCUGAAGAGGAAGACAAGGAAUUGGAAAAGCAACUUGAGCUUCUAAACAAGCCUGCAGUCAAAACUAUACAAACUGAUUAUGGAGAUAUAAUUGAUUGUGUGGAUUUCUACAAACAGCCCGCAUUCGAUCACCCUUUGCUAAAGAAUCACACUUUCCAUUAUCAGAUGAAACCUAUUUCAAUAAAUAGGGGAACAAGAUAUCAUGCAUCACCAAAGUUUACUAAACCCGCAAGUGUAAAGCUAAAAGGCGGAGGCUGCCCUGUUGGAACAGUCCCUAUUAGAAGACUCACUAAAGAAGAUCUCAUCAGAGAAAGAGUUGCUUCAAGAAUCACACCUUUAGAAUAUCACACCCCUGGUGCUCACAAUGCCGUAAUUCGAACAAGAGCUGAUUCAAAAAAGAAGUUUUUUGGAGCUGGAGCAAUAAUUAGUUUACACAAUCCGCAUGUUGAUGGUAGGCAGUAUAGUGCAGCAAAAGUGAAGAUUCAAAAUGGUCCUGAUAGCAUAGAAGCUGGGUGGAGGGUUGAUCCUUCGUUGUAUGGUGAUACUCGCACUCGAUUCUUUAUACGUUUGGAUGCUGGACAAUCUCAUUGUUUCAAUACUCGAUGUCCUGGAUUUGUUAUAGUGAAAUCAGAUGAACCACUUGAAUCAGUUUUUUACAAUGUUAGUGUUCCUGGUGGACAACGAUUCAUCAUGCAAACCUACAUCGCCAGGGACAAAGCUAAUGGAAAUUGGUGGCUCUUAGAUGGAGAUAACUAUUCUGAGAUUGGAUUUUGGCCGAAGAGAAUAUUUACCGGAUUAGGAGACUUGGCUAAUCAUGUGGAAUGGGGAGGCGAGGCAUUUGGUCCACCGGGCUCAACUACACCACCAAUGGGCGGGGGCUAUUAUCCGAUAGGCACCACCAAAUUUGAUGCAUUCUUCAGGCUAGUUAAUGUGCUCAAUGAAUAUGGUCAGACUGUGGAUGUUGAUAACACAGAAGAGUUCUCUGACAACAAUAAAUUGUAUAAAGUGGUGGAUAGAGGAAACGUAGGGGGUCAAUAUGGACAUUAUUUCGUUUAUGGGGGUCCUGGUGGGAAGAGUACUCAAGUUUAAUAUAGUACUUUUGAAGUUAUCAACUUGGAUAACAACAUGUAAUCUGACUUCAUCGUAUGAAUAAGAAAGACAGAAUGGAAAAAAGCAAAAAGAAAAUUAUAAUA